AUGUCUACUGGAAUUCCCACACUGAUUCAGGAGGUGUAUUGCGGGAGCUCACUGACGGCGGAAACAGUGACUCUGGACCCUGAAGCCCCGCGGUCAAAGAAAAGUCAAAAUGAGGUGAUUGUCCGUGCCCUGGAUGGUUUUGUUUUUGUGAAGCAUAACAAGUUGGUCUAUCCCCGGUACCAAGAUUCGACUCCUGAAUGGUGGGAAGACGUACAGGCCUACGGGUACGUGACAGCGCUUGUGGGCCAGUUCAAGUUCUUUGUCUGGGCCGGGUUUAUGGGCAAAGACUACUUGGACAAACAUCUGGUUUUCAUGUGUAUAAAAGACAUUGUGGGGAUGGUGAAGGAAUCAAGCCCUCACUGGCGAUCUGGCUUUGAGGAGAUUCUGUGGCUGGAGUCAAAGGCCGGAUACAGCUAUGCGCUGAUGGAGCCGGAUGCAAUCUAUGAUGAGGUCAGGUGGGCUGAAGUGAUUCAAAGCUGGACAAAUCUGCCGCCACCUCUAAGCCAGGAAGACCCAAUGCUCUGCGAGGUGAACCAAGCCGGGCCACAGCCCAAGUGGUGGAAGGUCAGGGGCGGGAAGAGUACUUGGGAGUGGUUUACCAAACCAAUCCGGGACGCAAAGGCAGGCGCUAAACGGAAAACAAACCAAGAGCAGCAAACAUCCCGGAAGCGCAAGAAGGGAGGAAAGCAGGCCACACCUUCCCCGUCCAAGAAAAGGGCAAUCAGCCAGGAUGUCGAGUACAGCCCUGGAAAAGGUGAUCAAACUGAUGAUGAUGAUGUAACCUUUGAUUGCAGCAAGUUGCGGCCGCGUAGAUUGUUGGUUUGGUUUGCGGAGAGCCUACCAAGGCUCGAUCCCACGGCCGCUAAUGAAGAUCCCCGGGAUGACGAGGCAGAGGGAGCCAAGGUGCAGGCGCAGGGAAGGGAGAAAGGGAAGGAGGUAAGGAAGGAUGACAAGGACAGUGACAAGGAGGAAGAAGAGCAAGAAGAGGGGGAUGAGAAAGAGGACAAGGACAAGGAGGAAGCAGAGGACACAGAGAACAAGGAAGACAAGGAAGACAAGGAAGACAAGGAAGACAAGGAAGACAAGGAAGACAAGGAAGACAAGGAAGACAAGGAAGACAAGGAAGACAAGGAAGACAAGGAAGACAAGGAAGACAAGGAAGACAAGGAAGACAAGGAAGACAAGGAAGACAAGGAAGACAAGGAAGACGAGGAAGAAAAGGAUGUGGGAUGGGAGAGAGGGGAGAAGGAAGGCCAAGUUGUGGCCAUGGAAGUUGACAAGGCGGACGCCGAGAUGGAUGCUGAAGGAGAAGACGAAGGCAAGGACGUUGCCAUGUCAAGUCCGCCUGGCAAAGCUACUUCCUUCAAGAAAAUUCCUGACCCGGAAGCGGCUUCUCCUUUGCGUAAAGCAUUGCCUGCCCCCGCGCGAUUUGCGCGUACACCUACUCCGGGGCCUGAGCUUACUCCUCCUCCUGUGUCUCCCUCUAAUCCGGCACCUUCCCCAGUCUCUGCGCCUCCAGAAACUUUGGGGUCUAUCCUCACUCCUGCUCCUGCACUUCCCCUUGCUCCCGUGCCUUCUCUUGUUGCCGCGCCGGCUUGUACGUCUCCGCCUGCGCCAUCCCAGGAUCCGGCUUCUUCUCUGGCUCCGGCCUCCCCUCCAGCUCCAACUCCGACUCCCGCCCCAGCCCCAACCCCUCCUCCAGCCCUGGCUCCUGCUCCUUCUCCUGCUCCUGCUCCUGCUCCUGCUCCUGCUCCCGCUCCCGCUCCGACUCCGGCUCCGGCUCCGGCUCCCACUCCCGCUCCUGCUCCUGGACCGGCGCCUGCGCCUGCGCCGCCAUCUCCCAUUCUUCCUGCAUCUCCCGCCGGUCCCGCGCCCCCUUCUCUUGAGCCUCCCUUGACCGCUGUGUCUUCAGCUUCUGUGCCCGCCGGCACACCACCCCCAACCCCUCCCCCUGCGUCUACGAACGCCUCUGUGCCUGCAACUGUCACUUCAGUUUCAGCACCUAUUCCCCCUGCCGGCUCCUUGCUUGAUGCACAGUCAGUCCCAGAUACAUGUGAGUUUGAUAUGGACAAUACGACGGGAAGGCAAUAA